AGAGAGAGGUCCACAUAAUAGAUGCUAUUGCUAACUCGUCAACAAAAUUAAAAGAAAAAAGAUCUAAUGGGAGUCUUCAACUUUGUUUUGACAACGGAUUCAAAACUCAAUUCGGUAAUUCAUAAGUAGGAACUAGGAAGAAAAGGUUCUUCUGCAGUAAAAAAUAAAUAAUAAUAAUUCACGACUACAGAAAAGAAAAAGAUGCUCACAAUUUGCAUAAGAUUUCUUGUGGAAGACCACGACCCCACAAACCAAGCCGUUUGUUGAUACAGUCAGCAAUUUAAUCACGGAAAGCAUCUUAGCUUGGUCCGCAAGGUUCGUGCCAAAUAUUCAACACUUACUUUCAUGCAUUGCUAAUCACAUAUUGAGGUAACAUCAAGUGCACAAAACAAGCAUAGCUCAAUUACAUAUAAAUCAUCUUAUUUUAGCGAGAGAGAAAUAAAACAAGUAAACAAACAUGCAGCAGCCAAUAGAGAAUUCGGUUGGGAAGGGGUUAAUGAAAGUUGAAGAAGAGAGUGAAGAAUACGAAUCCAUUAAGAAUGUUUUCUUGAAGGGUAUGGGGUUUGUGGGACAUGCCACAGAUGCCAUGGCCAUUUACAAGAACAUGCUUUCCUUUAGUGUGGCAAGGCAAGCUCGUUGGGUUUCGUUUAAAAUUUUCUCUAAGGCGGUGGCAAUUAAAUCUGGAGGGGAUGCUAAUAUUGGAUAUGCUUGGUAUGGUAGUUCGUUGGAUGAUCUCUUAGAGAUUGUAUCUGGUGGAUUCCAUGGAUGCAAAAAACAUGAUGAUAAUGAUGAUGAUGAGUGUCAUGGUAUUGGGAUUCCCUUAUUUGCUGCCAAUUUUUCCCUUGAUAGUGCUAUGUGUACGGUGGCAGAUGAGCAUGGUUUUAGGCAUGUGCUACUAUGCAAGGUGAUACUAGGGAAGGUGGAAGCUGUUCAUGCUGGCUCAAAGCAGAGCCAACCUAGUUCUAAGCAAUAUGACACUGGGGUGGAUGAUAUAUCAGCACCUAGAAGACAUACUAUAUGGACUGCUUAUCUGAAUACACACAUUCAUCCAAAUUAUAUUAUAUGUUUCAAGUAUAAUAAUUAUAUUAAGGAUCCAGAGAUGCAUGGGGCACUAAAACCUCAAUCACCAUAUGUGUCAUUUCCCAAUUUAUUGGCAAGAGUUUCAAACCAUUUGAAACCAGCACAAAUGUCUAUGUUACUCAAAGACUACCGGAUUUACAAAGAACAAAAGAUUUCACGAGAACAAUGGGUAAACAAAGUGAGAUUGAUUGUAGGAGACGAACUGCUGCGUUUGGUGGUCACAACCCAGUGACAAUGUGAUAGGACUACAUAAGAUGGAAUUAAAUAUGUAUUUUAUAUAUUAUAGUUUUUGUUAUUUUACUUUUGUUAAAAUAAUAUAUGAUGAUGACACUGAAAUAAUUAUUAUUCAUUGAUUGACAUUACUUAAGUCUA